ACAUGCAGUCGAAGUGAAUCUGUCAUUUCGUUGCAUUUCAUUUCGGCUCAAACCACCGGUCUUUCGCUUCUCCGUAUUGUUUUUGUUAUUUAAAUAUUAUUUAGUCCUAAUUAAAUUAAAGUACAAUGUCAUGGAGUGCCUUAAAGUCGUUGGGGAUAAGCCAGCUCGCUUUGGCCGUGACGUUCAUCGCGACGGGAAUAGUGGUCAACUUUUUUCAAGCAGUCAUCUACCUGACGAUUCGACCCUGGGAUGCAACCCUCUUCAGGAAGAUUAACUACUAUUUGACAUACGUGUUCAAUGCGCAUAUUGUCUUCCUGGUGGAAUGGUGGUCUGGGACGAAGGCCGUGAUGUACGCUGAUAAGGACGAGGUUACCAAAUUCUUCGGAAAAGAACACGCCGUGCUGGUUGCAAAUCAUGGAUGCGAAGUGGACUGGCUGAUGGGGUGGACGAUCGGGGAGAGGGUGGGAAUCCUUGGGAACGCUCGCUCCUAUAUCAAACGAAUCCUCCAAUACGCCCCGGUUCUCGGGUGGUCCUGGAAAUUUCAAGAGUUUGUCAUGCUGGAUCGAAAUUGGGAACAAGACAAGAAAAACAUUGGUCCUCAACUUCGAAUCCUCGCCUCUUACCCGGACCCAAUUUGGCUGACCUUGUUCGCCGAAGGGACCCGCUUUACGGAGGAAAAGUACCUCGCCAGUGUCAAGGUGGCCAAGGAGAAGGGACUCCAACCCUUAUUGCACCACCUCCUCCCACGGACGAGAGGCUUUGUCGCGUCCGUUCCACACCUCAAAGGAAAAGUGGCCGCUAUUUAUGACGUAGUCGUUGCAGUUGAUAAAAAUAGUCAACAUGAGCCUUCCGUGUUUUCCAUGCUGAAGGGCAGAGAGGUAAAGACGGUCCUGCUCUUCAGGCGAAUUCCACUCGAACAAGUGCCUGACGACGAAAAAGAGGCUGGUGCCUGGUUGCAUAAGCUUUUUCAAGAAAAGGACAAGGUGCUCGACAAUUACGUCAAAUAUGGAGAAUUUAUCCCCGCAAAAGACAAAAAUCGAGAGGAAUACGCUUCUUACAAAAAUUUCACCACUUUCGAAAUCCCUCGAAGACCGUAUACCUUGCUCAAUUCGUGCUUCUGGUUGGCAGCCGUGCUAAUUCCGCUGGUGUAUUAUCUCUGCCAAAUUGUUAUGUCGGGUGAUGUCGGAAGAAUUUCUGUGGUGGCUGGACUUAUCGGAGCAGCUCACUUUGGAUUCAGCAAACUUAUCGGCCUAGCCAAGGUCAGUACUGGUUCAAAAUAUGGUUCCGUCGAGCUGGAUGGACAAUCUGGGUUAAACAAGCACAAAACGAGAUAGAUAAGUAUAUAUCUAUGUAUGUGUGUAGAGUUGGUUGUGUAUUAUGACUCGUAGAACAAUUAAAAAAUGUGAUUAUGUAUUAUAUACUUGCUGUAUUCCGGUGGAUAAUUCACUAACUUCUUAUGCAAUACGACUGAAAUACAAUAUUUAUAGUACAAUAAAUACGUACAAUGAAUCGAAUAC